GCUCUUUCUGUUCAUCCUCCUCCCUCCCUCAAAGAAAAACGAAAUGGUGAUCAUCUCCUCAACUCCAACUUAUGACCGAACAAAAGAGUUGAGAGAGUUCGAUGAAACUAAAGAAGGUGUGAAGGGUCUCGUUGACGCCGGCGUUGUUAAGGUCCCUCGUAUCUUCAUCCACCCACCUGAUACCCUCCAUGACUUACCUUCUCAACUGGGUUCCAGUCAGAGUCUCUGCCAGACCUAUCUCACGGUUCCGAUCAUAGACCUGCAGGAGAUCACAGAAACUCAAAGUAGUAGGAAGGAAGUAGUAGAAAAAAUCGGGGAAGCCUCGGAGAGAUGGGGUUUCUUCCAGGUGGUGAAUCAUGGGAUCCCUGAGAUUGUGUUGCAAGAGAUGCUGGAAGGAGUUCGAAAGUUCUACGAGCAAGAUAUGGAGAUCAAGAAACAAUUUUACACUCGCGAUGCCUUGGGUAAGAAGGUUGUCUACAACUCCAAUUUUGACCUAUACACCUCUCCCACUGCUAAUUGGAGAGAUACCAUGUAUUGCGUAAUGGGUCCUCAGCCUCUUGAUCCUCAAGAACUGCCUCCCGUUUGCAGAGGGAUAUUGAUGGAAUACUCCAAGCAAGUAACGAAGUUGGGGAUUGUUUUGUUCGAGUUGCUGUCGGAGUCUCUGGGGCUUAACUCCAAACACUUGAUAGACAUGGGUUGUGCAGAGGGUCAUGCUCUUCUCUCUCACUACUAUCCCGCCUGCCCUGAGCCUGAACUGACUCUCGGCAUAAGUAAGCACUCAGACAAUGAUUUCCUAACCAUCCUUCUCCAAGACCAAAUCGGUGGACUCCAAGUUGUUCAUCAGAACCAAUGGGUUGAUGUUUCCCCCACACCCGGAACUCUCAUCAUCAACAUUGGAGAUCUUCUGCAACUCAUAACUAAUGAUAGAUUUAAAAGCAUUGAACAUCGAGUAGUGGCUCGCAGCAUAGGCCCAAGGGUUUCUGUGGCAUAUUUCUUCACUACAGGUGUUCAAUCAUCCACAAAGAUUUAUGGGCCAAUAAAGGAGUUGUUGUCAAAAGACAACCCACCCGUCUAUAGGGAAACCACAGUCAAAGAGUAUACUGCAUAUUACAGAGAGAAGAGAGCUCAUGGUGCCUCUGCUUUGCCACAUUUCAAGCUGUGAAUUUUGAAUGGUUUCUUUGGACUCCCUUUGAUAUGAUAUUUAGUUUUAUUUUUAAGUUAUGCAGAAUAAAUCAUUUCUGAGAAUAAUUUAUGGGUUUGAAAUAGAAAUCGUUAGGUCACUUUGUAUCUUAGAAUGAGAAAUAAGUUCUGUAUGCUUAUAUGCAUGCAGAAUAAGUUCUGUAAUUAUGAAACUUUUAUUGAAGAUAGAUCUUUUGUAUUGGGUUUAUAAAA